UCUUAUCGACAAAUAAACGGUCCAGGUAUACCCACGUGUCGUGCUUGAUGCCAUUAUUACCUCAACGAUCCAACGGACCCCAACACCUCUCCAUCUCCAACUCUGCAACUCCACCCCAUUCCCGGAGCUCCUCCUUGCUCAGCCCUAUUCCCAAUUCUGCCCUUCGCCUUUCCACCCAAUCUCCUCCGAAUCCCUCCCUCCUCAGACCGUACUUUCCAUUCUGUGAAUUAACAAGUUCUCCGUUCCUUUUUUUUACCAAUUUCUUUCGAGUGUGUGGUUCUCUCUCUUCCUCUCUCUUUUCUUUUUUAUGACGGGGCAGUUUUUCUUGGCUUUGUCUUUUCCUUCUGAUAUUAAAUUUUUUUGUACCUCGGAAAACUUUUGACUUGGUUCUUUCGGCGGAAAAGUUUUGGAAUUUAGCAUGCAAUGUCCGUUCAUACCUCAAAAGUUUUGGAAAUUAGUCUGUAAUUUCUAAAACUCAAAUAGACGUAGAAAAUUGUGUCUGAAAAGCUUAUACCGUGAGUUUUCUGAGAAUCUUGAUCAUACCCGUAUAAUUUCACAGCUUAAACUUCUAUACAUGUUAGACCUAUAUGUUUUUCUAGCUUGAAGUUGUUGAACUGGGCCUAUUUCAAGCAAUUCUGUCAGAAAUGGGUCUAUUGAAGUUGGUGAAUUCGAUUCAUUAGGUAGAAUUCGAUCACUCCCAGAAAAGCUUGUAGCUCAAAGUCGUUGAAUAGGGUCUAGUUUGUGUAAAUCAACCAGACGCAAAAGCGGAAAGCUCGAUGGCUGAUUCGGACAACGAGUCAUCAGGGGGGCACAACAACAGCAACAACGCUAACAGCGACUUCUCGUCUCGAGAGCAAGACAGGUUCCUCCCCAUCGCUAACGUGAGCAGAAUCAUGAAGAAGGCCUUGCCCGCAAACGCCAAAAUCUCAAAGGACGCUAAGGAAACAGUGCAGGAAUGUGUCUCAGAGUUCAUAAGCUUUAUAACUGGCGAGGCCUCGGACAAGUGCCAGAGAGAGAAGAGGAAGACGGUCAAUGGGGAUGACUUGCUAUGGGCGAUGACUACUCUGGGGUUUGAGGAGUAUGUGGAGCCGCUCAAGAUUUAUCUGCAGAAGUAUAGGGAGAUGGAGGGGGAGAAGAGCUCGGUGGGGAGGCAAUGUGAGAAGGAUGGUGAUGAUGGGGCCGCUGCGGUCGGUGGAGGGACCGGUGGGGUGAUGAGCUCUGAGGCAAGUGCUGGUGGUGGCUUUAAUGGGGUUGGGGGAGUUUAUGGAGGGAUGUAUGGUGGGGCAAUGGGGCAUCAUCAUGGGCACGUGUAUGGCUCUGGUGGAUUUCAUCAUGUGGGUAUUGGUGGUGGUGUCAUCGGGAAGGGUGGGUGAGGCGGCGGUGGCAGUGGUGGUGGUGGUGGUGCUUCCAUUUUGAGGUCAAGGUAGGUGUCUAAAUGAAGAAUAUAAUAAAAUGACUGUGUUACUAUUAGGGUAUUCGAUUUGCUAUCUUGUACCGUAAUAAUAGCCUAAAACUUGGUCGGAGUUUAGGGGGGAGGAUAUUAAUCCGAAGUGGAGAUAAGAUAACGAUGGUACGUGUAAUUGUGGAGGUGAUAAGAUAUGAUGCAUAUUAGUAAAAACUGUAACCUGUAAUAAAUGAUGGAGCACCAGUUCAUAUUGAGGGAGAGGAAGCAUAUAUGUAUUAUAUAUAUAUAUAUAAGGACUUAAUUGUAGUGUUGUUUGUUGUCCCUCUUGUUCUAUAUGGAUGAAAUAUGUUUCUACUUUGAUGGCACAUUGGAAACUUUGGGAAUGCUUGAACCGAGUUUUUUCUAGUCUUGACGGCUGACAGUUUCCCUUUUUAGACAGGGAAUGUUUUAAUGUGAAGUACGUAUUCUUUUGAGGAAAAAGGUUCAUCAUUCAUGACCCCAGUUUUAGCCAUGCGUGUCAAAUGGUUACGUGUAUAACAGAUUGGUAAAGAGGCACUCCAUGCAUUUAGAUUGGUCGUGGAGAUCUCUCUCUUCUUACCAGAUUUUUCCAUUUUAAGUUUAAGGUUGCCGCAUAAAGACAGUUUCUUGUGCCCUUCAUUCGUUGUCUCUACUGAUAGAUACCUUAAUGAAAGCAUACGGGAAACCGAUUUUUGUGCAUGUGAGUUCUGGUUUCUCAACAACAUAAUUGCGUAGGAAACACAGGAAUCUGGAAAGUUUAUAGCUUGGUAUUUCAAAUCAUCUGGAACUUUGCUGGCUACAAGAAUCCGGAGAUCUACGAAGGAACGCCAAAAGCGAAGGCUGCUAUCUGGGUCCCUACCGACGCUGGAGUGCGAUAGCAUGGGGA